AGUGCGAACGAAGACUCAACGGAGACGGCGUCGAUAGUCCACCCGACCAGUUCGGGGAAAAUGUCUGUUAUGAGUCCGUACCGUGGAACCAGGAGCUGACGGAUGCUAAGAGAAAAAGUUCCGUGUUGGACAGGAUUCUGGAGACAUUAGCGGAGAGACAGGUGUCCUCUCUCAGGGACAGGUGUCAGUCCUCCCCCCUCUUCAAUCCCACCGGUCUGUUGUAACGACUGGAGGUCUGAACGUAAAACUUUUCGGGUUUUUUUUUACAACUUUUUCUUGAUAUUUCGAUAAAACUGGACUGUUGUGAGACAUGUUGUGGACUCGCUGUCUCGUCCUGCUGCUUUUCUGGGGGUCCAGCGGCGGGCAGCAGGCGGCAGAGAGAGACGCGGUCCCGGCGCAGCUCCAGGCGGGCUCCCGGCAGAGACAGCGCUCUCCUCCGCCGACGGAGCCCCUGAACUUUGGCUUUGUACCGGCGGCGGUUUAUGAUACCCAUGCCUACUACGAACCAGGACCCAUAGGAAUUCUUUUCCACAUGGUCCACGCUUUUCUCUACGUUGUUCAGCCGAAUCCCUUCCCCAAAGAACUGAUUGUUAAAGUCAUUCAGCAAAACAUGGGAGGAAUUAAACUAGAGGAAUGGAGAAAGCCAGAAAACGUUGUUCUGUUGCUACAGUGGAUCCACUAUGAGGCUGGAUUCCUCAUAUGUGCCUCCAUUGGCCUUCUGGUGGUGGUCCUCACCCCCCUGAUAGGCACACUUUUCUGCAUGUGUCGAUGUUGUGAGAACUGUGGGGGUGAGAUGCACCAGAGGCAGAGGAAGAACGCCGACUGUCAGAGGGGUUUCUACACGGCCUCUCUCAUCGCUUCCACCAUCUUCAUCAUACUGGGAGUCUGUGUUGCCUACAGUGCGAACCAUAACAUCAGCACUCACAUCAAAAGCACUCGUCGUCUCAUCAACACCAACAUUCGAGACCUGAAGACAUUUGCCAACAACACACCUUCACAAAUUGAAUACCUGACAGCCCAGUACACCACGGCAAAGAACAAAGUCCUCUCAGACCUGGACAACAUCGGGGCAGUGUUGGGUGGAAGGAUCCACAGUCAGCUGGAGAAAGAGGUGGUUCCAUCACUGGAUACUGCCCUGCGCAUGGCAGGAGCCAUGAGGGAGACCAAGGAGGCGCUGGAGAGUGUCAGCACCUCACUGGAGGUCCUUCAGGAGGGCACAGGAAAACUUCAGGGCACACUAUCAGCGGAGCGAGCGUCACUGACCAACACUUUGUCUGACCCAGCCUGCACCAACGGAGCGGUCUCUCCAACCUGUAACGCCAUCCGAGCCACACUGUCCCAGCUAGGAAUCAGUGCAAAUUAUCUGAAGCUGCCAAAUAUCAACCACGCCAUAGAGAACGUAGACACACUGCUGAAAACUGAUCUGAGCAACGUUGUGCAAAAGGGUUACUCAUCUUUUAAUGACACACCACGACUGGUUAGAGAGCAAACGAAAAACAUUGUUGCAGCUCUGCCUCGAGUGAAAGGAAUGCUUGACAAGAUCGGUGCUGAGAUCACAAACUUCGCCAAGAUGUUCCCUGUGGAACCCUCUCUGACCAAUUUCACCAUUUUCCUCACCGAGGGACAGAAGAAGAUCGAGUCCUAUUACCCGCAGAUUGACCAGAUUGAUUUCUACAGGUGGAUAGGCUGCGUGGCAGCUCUCUGCAUGGUCAUCCUCGUCCUGGCCUUCAACUGUCUGGGGCUGCUGUGUGGAACCUGUGGCUACGACAAGCAAGCGUCACCAACAACUAGAGGAUGUCUGUCAAACACAGGCGGCAACCUGCUAAUGGCAGGAGUGGGCUUCUCCUUCAUAUUUUGCUGGAUCCUGAUGAGUGCCGUUACCACCUUGUUUGUUGCCAGUGGCAACAUAGAGAAACUGCUGUGUGAACCACUGUCUAACAGGCAGCUCUUCCAGAUUAUAGAUACACCGUACAUGGUGCACCCUGCCAAGAAGAACUUCCUCCCUGGGAUGCUGUUUCAAAAUCCAAACAUUGACCUGACUGUGGGAAGCAUGUACAGGGAGUGCUUUGACAACAACGGACUGUACCACGCCCUGCAGCUGGAGACCAUGUUCAACAUCAACUCAUUUCUCAACCAAACUGCAUACAACAAGGACCUGGGUAAACUGUUUGACGGUGUUCAGGUCAACCUGCAGGACAUCACUCUUCUGGAGCAGGCCGGCAGAGACAACCUCAUCAACUUUGCCAACUCUGGAAUUGGACAGAUCGACUACGAGGCGUACCUGGCCGAGGUAAAUAAAGGAGUCACUGACGUGGACCUCCUGACCUUCUCCGUAGACCUGGAGGCUCGGGCUGACCAACUGCCACGUGGUGCUCUGGAAAAUGCACUGAGAGGACACGCCAGCAGCAUCAGGCAGAUACACAGAGACCUGGUGGAACCCAUGGAACAAGCAACGAAAUACGUCAGAGCGCGGAAUACACUCAGUCAGAGUAUAAAGCAGCUGCAGAAGAUGUCCAACGACCUUCCUGUCAAAGUCAAUAAUAUCCUGAGUGCCAUCGACGCAGCAGAGUACCUCAUCGUUCAUAAUGCCUCACAUGUGGUCAAGCAGGAAACAAAGGGCUACAUGCAGACUUUGGUGGGAUACUUCACACAGUACACAGAGUGGGUCAAAAACUCUUUGAUGGGAGAGGUGGCUCAGUGUAAACCCAUCAGUAACGUUGUGGACAGCAUGGAGAUCGUGGCGUGCAGCUUUGUGGUCGACUCAGUGAACACGUUCUGGUUCGGUCUGGGAGCCAGCUGCAUCUUCAUGAUCCCCAGCAUCAUCUUCUCUGUCAAACUGUCCAAGUUCUACAGAAGGAUGGACACAGAGGACGUCUUUGAAGACUCCCCAUAUCCUGACACACUGGUCCGGUUCCCUCGGGCCUCUGCCCCCCCGAUUGACUACGAUUGGUGACCUGCAGGAAUGUCCUGCCUUUUGAAGAGUGGACAAGAGAACUGGAACUGAGCUCUGAGCCUGUUGGAUUCUUAACAGUGACGUUUUCAAACAAGAACUUUUAAUGAUUCCAAAUUCAAAAGG